AUGAAGCUGGCGGGGGCGAGACCAAAUACGGGGGUGGCGCGAGGCAGAGGGGGGGCUUCAGGGAAGGGCGAUGAGGUGUGGGUGGAUGAAGACGGAAAUGUUAUGCUCGGGGGCAAAACGGGAGGAAGGUAUGUUGGCGAAAUGGCGGGCGGUCUCCCUGAGGGGCGUGGCCAGCACUGGGUGCCUGAAGCGAGCGGGGGUGGCAUGCGGUUGCUGUACGAAGGGGAGUGGAUGCUUGGGGUGAAGAUGGGCCAGGGAACCAUCUACUAUCGGAGCGGCCAGACAUACACCGGAGACGUCGUGGACGGGGACCGUCACGGUGUGGGUCGGCUGACGUACUCGUCUGGGGACGUUUACCAUGGGGCGUGGUUCCACGGGCGGAAAGCGGGUUAUGGCAUCCAGUUCUACGCGGACUCGACUAUUUACGCCGGUAAAUGGGGCAACGACUGCCGGGAGGGCAUGGCGACCUUCUACUGGCCCAACCGGGGGAAGAAAUAUACUGGGGAGUGGGUCAAGAACGUCCCUGUUUGCGGCUCGGUGGAAAGCAUCCGGGCAGGAGAAAUCGAGAAGCUGCAGUAUCCAGCACCGCAGCGGCCGUUUGCGGCACGGUCAGAGAAUCUAGACCUGCCCCCUCUGGAGGUCCUUCAGCCGGGGCUGUCGGUGUACGAGAAGGUGACAGCUGUCCGCGGCGCGCGAACCGCAAGGGGUCCAAAGCCCCCUCUGUCUGCCGCGAAAGAUAAAUCCCACGCCGCCUGUCUGCGGCCGUUCCAGAUCGAGGCGCUGAAGCACGCCUACGUGUCCAUCGCCGGGGGCAUCCGGGAGGAGCACCGGCUGCGGACUGCAAAAUUGACGGACGUCUGCCUGACGGCGGGGUACCAUCCGGACUCCAAAGAGAUGAAAGCAGUGAGGAAGUGCCUGGUGGACAAAGCGCAUGGGGCGGGAACGCUGUCGUUCGACGCCUUCCUGGAAGCGAUCCUGUGGCUACAGAUGUGAGAGCAGCGCACGCGUGCACUCGCGGGAGAUUUGGACAUAGCGGUGGAAGGGUGAUUCUCUAUGGUUAUCUACGAAUAAAACGCCCAACACAAUCAGUUGGCCCGAGCCCCUCCUGUAGCUGUUCACAGACCUCUUAAUCGAGCUCAAAUGCGCUUAACCAAUUCGAGCAGGAACUUUGACCGACAAUUGAAAAUGACGUCCUCGAUCGUUCAUCAAGAAUCGCAUUUGCUUGACAGUACUAUAGUAGCGAUAUUCAUCGGGCGCAUGAGCUUGCAUAAUGCAUACUACAGUUAAAUCGUAGUGGUUGGUUUUCAUGUGCCACAUACAUAGCUCUGAUAGCGAUUCAAUCGAUUGAUCAUCGUACGGGCGCUCGACUUGAACAAGGAUGUUGCCACUUGGGCCACGUACAAGCAAUCUUGAAUGCUGAGAUCAAU